AUGUCUGAACAAGAAACAGAGUCAAUACUCUUUCCAGACAUAUCCUUGUUCGAGGAGUCAGAAGAUGAAGGCGAACUAGACCAACAGCCGCAGAUAUCGGCGUGGGCAAAAUCUAAAAUCGGCACGUUCCAGUCCCGCUUAGAAGCUUUGAAGGCAAGCAACGAUCACAAGCAAAGAAGAAGCCGUGGCCGCAAGAUCCUGACGCGUCUUCUCGUCAGUUUGGUCAAUGAAGCGUUCGGCUUCAAUGGCUGGUCGUCCAGUAUUCUAGACUGCUGUAGUGUUGCCGAUGACUUCAAUACCGAACAAGAAACAUAUUCCAUCGAGCAGAGAGCCACAGUGAGAAUUACUUUUCAAGAUGGCACGUUUGUCGAUGCAGAGGGGAAAGGGUACUCUUUAGAUUGUAAGCAGAGGGCUGUCGGGUACAGCACCAGUAAGAAGAUGGCCGUGACCGAUGGUCUACGAAACGCAAUAAUGCUGUUUCCUGAUUUAUUAUCCAACCAGAGUUGA